UUCUGAUCAGCCUUGGAUUUAUUUGACGUUCUACUUCUAACCAGGCAUCCUAGCAGCCAUGGACGGAAUAGCUGCGCGAAGCGGCCGCGACGACGCGUUACGGGCGUUUCGCGACCACAUUUCGCAGCUCGUUUCCACGCUUGGCCAACAUUCGCGAACGAUUCGCGAUCAGAUCAGCAGGCGUCAGAAAUCCAGCUUCCGCGCAAGGCCGCCGCCGGAGAAGAUGGCGGCUCGGAAAAAUGUCGGCGGUGGCAGUGUUGGCGGCAGUGGUGGUGGCGGUGGUGGCGACGCCGCUACAUCCGAAUCGCUCAGCGCUCGCGGCGUGGUUCUUCACCGAUUCGUCAGCGCGGGAGAUUCUCCGGGCGGCUGCCAGCUGGCGUGGUCUCUGCGCGCCGAUUCGCUGCGCUCCAGCGGGGCGAGAGAGGGGGAGGUGGAGGGGAAUGGUGAAGGGAAGGAUGAAAGAAAACCGCAAGGGAUGGCGGAAGGUGGCAUUGUUGCGAGUAAGGUCGAAGGACAGUUGUUUCAGGAAGGUAGGCCUCUGUACGCGUUUCGAGGCGACUCAGCACAAGCACUGGAUUCCACAAUCAACGUCUCAGGGAAUGUGCUUGUAUCGGAUUCAAAGUCAGGAACGCAAUUCAGCUCAGGCGGCCUUGCUUGGAGCGCAUUGGAAUCCCGCCUCUCCCUCACUGGCUCUGUCACCUGCAGCCUUCCAGGAAUCUUCCACGUCAAUCUUCCUCGUGUGAUCAUCACCCGGGCAUCUCUCGCUCAACUUGACUCGGAAAAGAACGAGUCUGGACCGGCAGGUGAAGGCUCGGCAGAGGAAGGCUCGGCAGGGGAAGGCUCGGCAAGAGAAGCCAUGGCCGGUGUAAAGAGUAGAGCGAGAUUGGCCGAUGGGGACGAGAAUGGUGCGAGCGAUGGCAGCAGCAGGAGUGCAAGACAGAAUGAAGGAGUGGAGUCACUUUUUGAGGCGCCUCAAAAACAGAAUGAAGGAGUGGAGUCAGAGGAACAGACUCAGUUGGGGCCCAGGCAGCAGCAUUCGGAGCAGCAGCAGACACGGCUUGAGGAGCACGAUUCUGAGCUGGCUGGAGCACAGGAAUGGUGGCUGACUGCCGAUGCUCAUGUGGUUGCACACGGCCCUGUUACAGGCUGGGUCAGCCUGCCAUCCUCGUUAGUGUCUGGUUCGAUAAGGGGCAUUUCGAGGCUGAUGAAGGACGCUGAGAGUACUCAGAGGCAGCAGCAGGGGGAGGUAGGGCAUGGGCGGCAUGGCUUGGCAGGAAGUGGUGGAGGUUCAAAGCGACGGGAUGGUGGAAAGAGUGAGAAAGGGAAGAGAGGGUCGGUGGGGGAGGGGAGGGCAUGGACAGGAGUGGAGUGUGCAGGAGGGCUGGUGUGGAACGUGCCACGUGGCGAAAUCUCAUUGGCUGGUCCGAUGUCAGCUUCUUGCCCUAGUAUGGGCGGGCAGGUGAGAGCAGGGGGGGGUGUGAUCUGGCUGCAGAGGAAGGAAGCUCUCCUGCACUCUCAAGUUCAGGUUGACUUGCACAGAACCCACCUGACUGCUCCGCGAAUCAGGUGGCGACACCUGGCAGAGCAGGAAGGUAUUCCUCCUGCCCCUUCGUCUCAUGCCUCAUCCUCUUUAUUGUCGUCAUCGGCAUCGUCUAAAAGAGGUUAUGUUUCAGCGGCUUCAGUGUACACUGGAGUUUCGUCUACCCGGGGCAGCAAAAAGGGCAUCCAUAAAUCUUUGCCUGCCCCUGAGAAAGUACGGCUGUGGAAGAAGGGUGGGGAAGGCUCCCAGAAGGCAGCAUCUGGGGAAGGGGUGAUUGGAAGGGGAGAGUGGGUGGUUGAGGCUGAAGGGGGGACCAAGUUUUGGUCAGAUGAUAAGGGAUUUAAGCGAGGGGGGAAGAGAUUGUAGGCCAGUGGACAUUUUUCAGGCUUCGCCCUUGAUGGCCCUUCCCAUGAAGUCAAGGGAUUUUAGGUGUUUUGUUGUACCAAGCGUUUGAUGAUUGUAUUACUUGUAUUUCAUAUCGAAACCGUAACAUAUCUAUGUA